AUGCUGGGGAAAACAAUUCUCACUGCUCUGUUGGCAACUGCGUCUACUGCGUCUCCAGUACGAAAACGGGACUUUCCAUAUGGAAACACUCCUGUGCGGGGGGCCAACAUCGGAGGCUGGCUAGUUCUGGAGCCCUGGAUAACGCCAUCCAUAUUCCAGCAAUUUGACGGCAGUGUCGUGGACGAGUAUACACUGACCAAGAACGUCCCCAAUGCCGGUGACAUCCUGCGCAGUCACUGGGAGACUUGGGUCUCCCAGGGCGAUUUCCAGAAGAUCGCAGAUAGCGGAUUCAACCUCGUUCGGAUUCCUGUUGGGUACUGGGCGUUUCAGAAGUAUCAAGGAGAUCCCUAUAUCCAAGGCGCAGCAGAUUAUCUGGAGAAGGCAGUUAGUUGGGCCAGAGCGACUGGCCUCAAGGUCUGGAUCGACCUGCAUGGCACACCACUAUCACAAAACGGAUAUGAUAACUCAGGCCAGUUGACCUCAGACCCUGGAUGGACGAGAGGAGACUCAGUCGGAGCCACCCUAGACGUCAUUGGAAUUAUCGCGAAACAUUAUGGUACGCAAGAGUACGCGGAUGUGGUUGUCGGCAUUCAGCUGUUGAAUGAGCCAUACAUGGCUGGUCUGAGUGGCGGUAGAGACGCAACGCAAGGGUAUUAUGAGGCAGGGUUCAACAUAGUGCGCGAAUCAGGCCAAACCUCCGUGGUGAUUCACGACGGAUUCCAGAACCCAUCGCAGUGGAACAGCUUCCUGACAGGGCAGGGCAGCUUAGGGGCGAUCGUCGACCACCACGAGUACCAAGCAUUCAUCCCAGAGCUCCUCAAACUAUCGCCAGAAGACCACGUUGGAUACGUGUACUCGCACGCCAACACGUGGGGCCAGGGCCAGGACAAGUUCAUCGUCGUCGGCGAAUGGUCCGCGGCCAUGACCGACUGCGCACCCGCGCUCAACGGCUUGGGCAUUGGCGCCCGCUACGACGGAACCUACUCCAAGCGCCAGCCCGACGGCUCGUAUGACUCCUCGGAGUAUAUUGGGUCGUGUGCGAAUGUGAAUUUGAUCGAUCAAUGGUCCGACUAUCAGAAGAGUUCGUAUGCGAAUUACAUCCGCGCCCAGCUCGACGUCUUCGAGAGCAAGGUACAGGGUUGGAUCUUCUGGAACUUCAAGACCGAGGCGGCCGCCGAGUGGGAUCUUUUCAAGCUUAUUGAUAGUGGCGUCUGGCCCAGUUCUUAA